UUUGGUAUUGAAAACAUGUAUAUAUGUAUUAAAUAAAUCUGAGACGUCUGUGUCCCAAAACAUAUAUUUUUAGAUAAAUAAAGGUUCAAUACAUGUUUGUUUUUUUAUCUACAAAUGGCGCACUGUACUUGACUAUCCAAAAAACGUAACUGUCAUUCUCGUAUGUAGCCUACCUCUGCGCACUAAACUCAAUUUCAGGAAGUAACCAAUGAAAGAAAGAGGAGCUGAUCAAGCGAUAGGAGGACUCUAUUGUUUCUACUUUGAGAAGAUAUUAUAAAAACGCUAUUAAAAUGUCGGAAUUUGAAGAUAACCCAUUUGCAGAAUCGUACGACAUCAACCCUUUUCAGGAUCCCUCGGUUACACAAGUGACCAACUCUGACGUAGACCACAUUGAUCAAUUUAACCCUUUCCCAGACCAUCAGACGGUUAGCCUAUCAGGGCCCACCAUGCCGGCCUCCAGGAUCCCUUCCCAGCCUGCCGUGCUGCAGCCGUCAACAGAGCCCGGCCCACAGGUGACGGAGGCUGCACGCCAGGCUAGCCUGCUGAGGCAGCAGGAGGAGCUGGAGCGGAAGGCUGCAGACCUGGAGCACAGUGAGAAGGAGUUGCAGAACAGGGGAACCUCAACAGGCAAGGACAACAACUGGCCACCUUUUCCCAAGGCUUUUCCCAUAAAUCCUUGCUUCUACCAGGACUUCUCGGUGGAGAUUCCCAUGGAGCACCGGAGGGUCUGCCAGAUGUUGUACUAUCUGUGGAUGCUCCACUGUGUGACUCUGUUCCUCAACCUGCUGGCCUGUCUGCUCUACUUCACCGUGGAAACGUCCUUUGGUGUGAACUUUGGCCUGUCCAUUCUUUGGCUCAUCCUGUUUGCCCCCUGCUCCUUCCUCUGUUGGUACAGACCUGCCUACAAGGCCUUCAAGUCGGACUGCUCCUUCAGUUACUUCUUCUUCUUCUUUGUGUUCUUCUGCCAAGUGGUGGUGUUCAUUAUCCAGUCUGUGGGCUUCCCCAAAUUGGGAAACAGUGGUUGGAUCACCUCGUUGUUGGCCUUCGCCUCCAACAAGGCGGUGGGAGCCAUCAUGAUGGUGGUGGCCUACUUCUUCACUGCUGUGCUGUCAGUCAUCCUGCUGUGGAUGGUGCACAGCCAGUACAGGCGUACCGGGGCCAGCUUCCAGAAGGCCCAGCAGGAGUUCUCCCAGGGCGUGCUCACCAACAAGACCUUCCAGACGGCUGCCACCUCCGCAGCCGCCUCCACUGCCUUCCAGGGGAACAACUAGACCCAGGCCGGGCUAACUCAACCCCCAGAUACCCCCUUCACUCUCCACCCGUUGAGACUCUGUUGUAAAGGAACCACUGGUUUAGUCUCUCAACAAUGGUGUCUUUUCAGCAUCCUUUAAUUUCAAUGUACAAAUGAAGACCACGAGUGUUGCUUUUAGCAGGGUGAAACCUGAAUGAAAAAUAUAAUGACGUUUAAAGUGUGUACUCUGUCUCAUAAGACUAUGAUAAUCACCUAGGUUAUUAGUUACCAGGGCUACUGUAAUUAUUAGAUGCAUAUGUUCCAUUAUACUUAGAAAUCACCUCAAACUAACGCACCUUCAGAUCCACAACAUUUCAUUAGCCUUUUCAGAUAGUUUUCGUCAAAAUGAGGUACUUUGUUUCCAAUAUCUUCAUGUUGUACAUAGUCCUGCUGUAUGUGUAGAGUAUUGGCUUUGGCAAUGAGAGACAGGUGUUGUGUAAGAAUGGCUUGAAUAUUUAACAGCAGGUUGGUUUGUCAGUAUAGGCUGUCCCAUUCAACUUAAAGGGACAGUUCACCCCAUUGUCAGUAUAGGCUGUCCUAUUCAACUUAAAGGGACAGUUCACCCCAUUGUCAGUAUAGGCUGUCCUAUUCAACUUAAAGGGACAGUUCACCCCAUUGUCAGUAUAGGCUGUCCUAUUCAACUUAAAGGGACAGUUCACCCCAUUGUCAGUAUAGGCUGUCCUAUUCAACUUAAAGGGACAGUUCACCCCGGAACCAAAGUUUGUCAUUUUCAUACCCCUGCCUGGUAAACUUGGCUUUUGGAAUGGACUAUACCUUUUGACCAAAACCUUGACGUGUGCCUUGACCAGUGUCUCUCCAGUUUGUCGCUGUAGCCAUUGGUUCCUACGUUAACCAACCAUUUUGCUCUUUUUUAUUGUGGGAGAAAUUCCGUUAUUAAAGAACUAUUUUUUUAUAUAUAAAAAAAAAAAAAAAAUGUAUGACACAUGCUCAUCGUUCAUACUAUCGUGUCGACCUGAAUCGUGCUGUACACACACUUUUUUUUUUUCUUCACAUUGUCCUUUCCAGCACGGUUCAGGCAACUAUGCUGGAUGAAUAACCAGGCCAGUAGACUUCUGUUCAGCUCAGCUCAGUAGUGUGAAAAUGGUAUCAUUUAGAUUGACAAACUCACGCCACCAACAGAUUCAUCAUGUGAACAAUGAGAAAUAGCUCUUUGCUCUGCUUUUGAUUAGUGUUUUGGUAACUCAGGUCGGGAAGCGCUUGUCACUCAAAAUUAGAGCUGGACAAAGUAGAGCUGAGUGGU